UUGUUUGCAGAAAUGGCGUCCGCCGACGUCGCAAGGUGUUGCGAUGAUCCGAAUUUUGCCGUAAUUUGCUCAUUUCUCGAAAAAUUUGGUGAAAAAUGUGGGAUUACAUAUCCCUCUUUCUCCCGGCUUCAGCAAAUGCUGGAGUCAACAGACGAAGUUCACGAUGCGCUGAAGCACUUUCACAUCCGCCUGAUGCGGAAGGCGAAGCGGCAGGUGAAGCCGGACCUGUGGGAGAAGGCGCUCAUCACGUUCAGUCGACCCAUCUGCAAACAGGAUGCCUGGGAGCUGGAGAGGUUCGGCUACAAACAGGCCGACCUCGGCGUCAAACUCCGCGUCCUCAAGAAUCUGUGUGAGGUGCAGUUUGACCGUAACAAGAAGUUCAAGGACGAAGUGAACAAGGAGAGUGCCACCGAGCUGCGGCGCCAGCCUCUGGGCCGCGACCGGCACGGCAACAACUACUGGUACCUGCUGGACGACGACUGUCAGCUGCGCAUCUACAAGGAGGACAUCGACGACGAGACCUGGCAGGUGGUGGCCACUGACCGGGAUAGCAUGGUGGCGCUCAUCCAGAGCCUGCAGACCGAAUCGCCCGUCGGCACAUCGGUGGACAACUCGCAGGCCAACAGUGAAGAGGAGCUGCUGCAGGCGCCGGCCGCGUCCGUCGCCGCGUCUGUCGGCCGGCCUCAGCCCAAGCAGGAGCCGCCGGAUCGGCCUCCCGAUAAACCGGAGCCGGCGCCUGAUGAGGCCGUGGCUGAGGCGGAGGCGGAGGCGGAGGCGGAAGAAGAGGAAGACGUAGAAGCAGAGGCGGAUGCCCCGGGCGCGGCCGACGAUGUCGAAUCCGAUGAGCCAGAAGCUGAGGACAUGGAACCUGAUGCGGGGGCCGAGGAAUCCGAUGCUGACGUGAAAGAAUCACUGACUGAGGAGGCCGAGACGUCCACAGAGAAAGCUGGGAGUGUAGAGGCUCCAGCUGAAGAUUCAAGGACUGAGGUGAAGUCAGAUGUUCAAAUCGAUAAACCAACAGCCAAGGAUGAGGAGCAAGAACCCAAGGCUGAAGCUGAGGAACCCGACGCCGAAGCCAAGCAGCCUAAGGACAAAAUCCAGGAACCCGAGCCUGAAGCUGAGGAACCUGAGGCUGAAGCUGAGGAACCUGGGGAACCUGGGGCUGAAACUGAACCUGAAGAACGGGAGGUUAAGGCCCAAGAACCUGAGACCAAAGUGGAGGUACCUGACGCCAAGGUCCAGGGGCCAAGAGUCGAAGCUGAUGCUGAGGAGCCGGAGGGAAAGGCCGAUGAACCUGAGCCCCAGGCUGACGAACCUGAGGCCAAGGCUGACGAACCUGAGGUCGCGGCCGAUAAACCUGAGGCCGCGGCCGAAGAACCUGAGGCCCCGGCCGAUGAACCUGAAGCCACGGCCGAUAAACCUGAGGCCACGGCCGAUAAACCCGAGGCUGAUGAACCUGAGGCUGAAACCCAAACUGAGACUGAGGAGCCCAUCGUUAAAGCUGAGGCUGAGGAACCUGUGGUUAAAGCCAACGAACCUGAGGUCGAGGCAGAAGAACAGGAGCUAAAAGAAGAGGAAGGCAAAGAAACCGUUGUAGAACCUGAGACUGAUGCCGUGAAACCGGAAACCCCGGCCGAGGAACCGGGGGUCGACGCCGCGGAACCUCAGGUUGAAACCGAGACGACGAAAUCUCCCGCGACGGUUGCAGCGUCGGAAGGGGGUGCUCCCGUUGAAUCGUCGGAAAAGCAUUCCGUCGACUCCGGCUCAGUUGAAUCGUGUGCAGCAGCGAAGGAGACAGAUUCUGCCGAGAAACCUGAAACUGGAGUGAUUGAUGAGAAGGCUACAGAGGCUGUUCCAUUGGAAUAUGGAAAUAGUGAGGUCAGUAAAGCUCAAAGUCCUGACGCACAUGAGAGCGUUUCUGCGAGUAGUGAGCAGGAAAGACCGCCUUCCGAUAUUGAUGGCCCUGAGCUUGCCUCUAGCACAAAAGAAGUGGAAGUUAGUUCUGUCAUGGUGGAGGAAAUCUUAUCUAAAGCAGAAGAGCCAGGAAUGGCCGCAGCCGCUGCCGAAGAACCUUCCGACUCUAAAGAGGAACGCUCUCUGGCCGAAGAAGAAGAGCUCUCAAAGGCAAACAAGGACCAGCCCUCUGUCGAGGAGGAACAUGAAGCGCAAUCGCCUAGCGCGAAAGAAGAUGCGGCACUGUCCCCAGGAGAUGCCGCACGUUCGCCCGAUGCCGUCGGCAUCGUGUCUGGGACGGCAGAGUCUGACGUCGGCGUCGCUGACCAUCGUCGGGAGCCUUCCAGUGCCGCCGCUGGUUCUCCGAAGACCAGCGGUGCUCCUCCCGAGUCGACUGAGGAGCGCGAGCGGCCGACCAGUGAUGUUGCUGCUGCCAGUGACGAGGCGCGGGCGGCGGACAAUGCGGGGGCCGAGGGGACUGCCGGUGUUGGUGCAGCAGUCAUGGUGACCGGCACCACAGGGGACGGUGGGGAUGGAGGGGAAACUGCGGACACUGGGGACGGGGCGGCGGACAGUAGUGUAGCCAGUAUUAGCGCUGAUCGGGCCGGUCAGUCGGACGAGCACCGCGCAGAGUGUACAAACAGUGAACGGGAGGCGGGCAGCGGGGCAGCUGAGCCGGCCGGCGGCUCCCCGGCCGCAGUGGGGCCAGGAGACGCCGCGGUGAGUGGACCAGCGGUGGGGUCGGCCGCUGGUGAGCCAGAUGUAACGACCGGCAGCGGUGACGGCGUCCUGACUGACCCCGCGUCGACCGAACAGUCGGCUCCCAUAGAGCAGCCUGUGCCGGCAGCAGAGGUCACGGGUACGGAGGGACCUGAUUCACCUGGGCAGGGCACUGAACCUGCUGUGUCUGUGAGUGAGUCAGCCCCGCCGGCGGCGGCAGACGCUGAAAAUGCUGAGUCGACAGAAGCCGUGCCGGUCGGCGCUGAAAGUGCUGAGUCGACCGGAGGUUCAGCAGACAACACUGAAAGUGCUGGAUCGGCGGGAGCCGUGCCGGACAGCGGUGAAAGUGCUGAGGUGACGGAAGGUGCACCGGACAGCACUGAAAAGGCUAAGGCGACGGGACACGCGCCGGACACUGAUGAUACCAAACCUGACACCGAAAACACCGACCAGCGGGACGCUGCACCCGCCGAGUCGGACGCACAAUCGGAAUCUCAUCCAAAGUUGUCACCCAAGGCGGCUAAUGAAAUCGCUGACCAGGCGGUACCAGAUCCGAAACCUCCGGAGUCUGCCGUUGAGUCGGUACCCGGUGAGGUAGGGGCUGCCUCUAAUGAGACAGAACCGGCGCUAGCUGUGGCAAAGCCUGCCUCUGAUCAGCCAUCUGAUGAGGGAACAAGAUCAGCAGCGGUGGUAGUAGAUGAACCAGCUGAACCGUCAGGUGACGAUGGUGCGCCCGAGGUCAAGGAAGACACCCCGUCGGCGCCGGAUGUCAAAUUCCAACACGCGGCCGCAGCAGACGCAGAAGGGUCGUCAUCGCCAACCCCCGCUGCCGUAUCGAGUGCAGCGCCGGAGGAGGAGAAGUCCUCAGAGGCCACUGGCGGAGACGAUGUGGAGGCAGACGCUGACAAAGCCGCCUCGUCAGCUGUGGGCUCUUCGGAAAGCGCGCCCGCUGCUUCUGAGGAGGAAGAAAGUCGUGCAAAAUCUGAUGAAGCGAGCUCCGGUGUGAGCAAGAUCGCCGACGAUUCAAGCGAUAACUGCCAGAAAGAGGCCAGCGUUUCGAAGGAGGGGGCUGCUGAGAAGCCAGCCACCUCCAGUGGAGAUGACACCUCAGCCGCAGGGCUGACGGACGGCGCGGCAACGGCUGAUUCCUCCUCUGCUCGAGAAUCUGAGAGUGAACGUACGCAGAAGAUUCCUGAUGCCUCUGCUGCUCCGGAAUCUGAGAGCGCUUGUGAUACAGCAGCUGCCCCGAGCUCGGAACCUGCCAGGGAUUCCCCAGCUCAGAGUUCGGAAAGUGCUGGUGAUAGCACCGCUCAGGCCUCUGAGAGCGCCGCUGAUACUGCUGCUCCUGCCGCUGAGGGCGCCAGUGAAGCCACAGCUCCGGCCUCUGAGGGCGCCGGCGAAGCUUCAGCUCUGGGAUCAGACAGCGCUGUUGAUAUCUCAGCUUCGGCUUCUGAGAGCGCGAGUGACGCGGUAGCUCCGGCUUCGGAUAGCACGAGUGACGUCGCUGCUCCUUUUCCUGAGAGCGCCGGUGACGCCGCUGCAGAGACUGGCUCUGGUGAUGCUCAGUCUUCUGUCACAUCUAGUGAUGACAAGCCGACAGCGGCGGACGCGGAUGCUAAGAGCGGGUCAGGUGAUACCGCGAGUGAAGCGCCGGCUGCUGGAGGGGUCAGUGAGGCCAUUGAGGACCCUCCGGUGGUGGUGGCCGGGGCGGGUUCGGGCGCCGAGUGUCAGGGCGGUGUGCCGUACGGCUGGGUCAGUGAGGCGAUCGAGGAGCCGGUGUUCCUAGUGACCGGCUCCGGGUCCGGCGCUCUCUGCGAGGGCGGGAACUCUCCCGGCUGGGUCAGUGAGUCGGUGGAAGACCCGGUGCUCGUCGUGGCCGGCAGCGGUUGGGGCGCCCUCUGCGGCGUCGGCGGCCGGCGGCGGGGCGCCAGGGCGGCCACCCACGGGAACAACGGCCACGCCGAGCCGUUGGCGGUCGAGUCGGCACCGGCGGCCGGCAACGGCGAGCUGGAGGGCGAGGGAGACGCCGGGUCCGUGCCGGCGGCCAAGAAACGCGGCCGGAAGAGGAAGAGCGAGAUCGAGAGCCUGGUGGCCGCCGAGGGCGCGGAGGUGGACGACGGAGGCAGCCGCCGACGGUCGUCCCGGGUGGCCAAGCUGCGGGAGAAGGAGGAGGAGCAGCGCAGGAUCGAGGAGGAGGAGCGGCUGCGCGUGCUGAAGGAGCAGGCCGAGCUGAGGAAACUGCGCCAGCAGGAGCGCGAGGGCCGCCGCGCCCAGCGCAAGGAGGAAAAGAAGAAGAAACGCCGAAAGAAGAAGGCAGCUCUGGUGGAAAGUGAUGAAGAGAAUGAUGAUGAACAAAAAGCAAAGGCUAAGAAGAAGAAACGCAAAAAGAAGAAAAAGAAGGGCGGUGGGAAUAACCCGUGGGUGUCCUCAUCGGGGACCAGCUCCAGCUCUGAGGAGGACGAGGACGAGGAGGAAUUAUUCGCUCACCACGCCGCCGAGGAGGAGGACAUUUUCCGCUCGGACCACGAGUUCUCUCCGGAGUCGGACAACGACCAGCAGGAGUGGGUGCCGGUGAAGCACGCGCGCACGGCCCGCUCGGCGCGCAAGGUGGCGCGCACUGCCGCCAGCGACCCGCUGGAGUCGGCCUCGGAGGAGGAGUCAGCUGAUGAGGUGGCCAAGGAGGACCAGUGCCGAAAGUGCGGCCACGGCGACCACCCCGAGUGUAUCCUGCUCUGUGACGACUGUAACGCCGGCUGGCACACCAACUGCGUGCGGCCGCCGCUGCUCAGCAUCCCGGAGGGCGACUGGUACUGUCCGCCCUGCGAGCACAACCGGCUGGUGGCGGCGCUCACCGCGCGGCUCGAGCAGUUCGACGCCGCCCUCCAGCAGCGGGAGAAGGAGCUGAUCCGAAAACAGCGGCUCGACUACGUCAACAUCAGCAUGGGCAACGUGCUGCCUACGCCGCCGCGCCGGCCCAAGAAGCCGCGCAAACGCGAGGACGACGGCUCGGAGGCGUCGGUUGGCGAGGACGGCAGCAGCUCGGAGGACGACUCGUCCGAGGGUGACUCGGAGUCCGAGUCUGAGGACGACUCGGAGUCCUCUGAGGAGUCGGACGAGCCCAUCUACACGCUGCGCGCCCGCCGCCAGGUGGCCGAGGUCAGCCAGAAGGUCAAACAGUUCGACGAGCUCAUCGAUGACGCCAUACGGGACGAGCUGGAGUAUGUGCGCGGCGCCGGUAACGCCGGCCGGGGCAAGGCCAUGGAGAACAUCACUGAGGCUGAGGCCGCCGAUAAAGCACCCGCCGAGACCGCUGCUGACGAGCAGACAACCCCUGCCGCCGAGGAGACGGCCGACGCCGCCCCGGCCGCUGCCGCCGCUCCCGGAGCCCCCGCCGACGCCGCAUCAUCGUCAGACGGGGAGGUGGCGCCGCCUCGUCCGACGGCAGCCGCCCGCAAACGAAAACGGCGCAUCAAUGACCUGGACGACACCGGUGACGACGAUGAUGACGAGAAGGACGCCAGCUUCAAGGCGACCAGCGAGUCCGAGGCCGAGGAGGACGAGUACAAUCCUGACGAACUCUCGUCGGCCGAGAGUGAGCUGGAGACGCGCCGCGGCCGGCGGAGAGCGGCGCGUGAGCCCACCCGCCGCUCGGCGCGCGCCGGACGACGGCAGCGCUACGUCUCAGACGACAGCAGUGACGAGGAGUGGGGCGCGCGCCGCGGGAAGCGUUCGCGGCCGAUGCGCGACUUUGUGGUGUCCGGGGACGACUCUGAGGAGUCUGACGGCACCUGGGGACGCAAGAAGCGCCGGAAGAAGGCGCCGCCGCGCGCCCGAUCGGCCAAGGCGCGGAAGAAAGGCGGUGGUAGUGGCGGUAAGGCGCGACCGAAGAAGCGGCGCGCGUCCGGGGACCCUCCGGCGGAGAAGCCGCGCAGGCGGGUCAAGUACGCCGAGCCGGAGGAGCAGCCGGAGCCACUGGCACGGCGCACGCGCGGCAAGGUGACCAACUAUGCAGCGAUCCUGGAAUCCGAGUCGGACAGCGACACACUGAGGCCCAUCGAACCGAUGAGCUUCGGCCGCAAAUCGAAACGGAGCUCAUCGGAGAGCGAGGACGCUUACAAACCGCCUGCUGACGAAAAGAGCGAGUCCGAUGAACCGGUGGAGAAGGAGGCGGAGGAAGAGGCUGGAGAGGAGGAAGAAGAGGAGCUAGACAGCGGAGAAGACAUGAACACCAUCCCUCAGAAGAAGGAGAAGCCCAAGCCGACUCCGCCGAAAGAGAAGGCUGCUGAGCCGCCGGCGGCUGAGUCUCCUCCCCGGCAGGCGGUGGCAGAGCCGGCGGCGGCGGCCGACUCGCCGGAGCCGCAGGAGGAGCCGGAAGAAGAGGAGGAGGAGGAAGAGGAAGAAGAGGACGAGCCUGAGCCGACGGAUCUGGCUCCCGCGGCGGAGCCGACGCCGCUGGAGCCGACGGAGCCGGCCGCGCCGCCGCCGCCGCCCACCGCGCAGCCGCUGGAGCCGAUCCAGCGGUCGCCGAGUCCGCCGGCGGCGCCGCAGCCGGGCAAGGCGCCGCUGCACCCGCCGCCGGCCGGCAUGGCGCUGCCGCCGAUGCGGCUGGGCGGCCCGCCCGGUCCCGGCGGUCCCGUGCCCGGGAUGCCGGGCGCCCCUCCGCCGGCCGGCGGCCGCGGUCUGCCGAUGAGCAUGGCCGGCGGUCACAUGGUGGUGCGGCCGCCGCCGCGCUACCCGGGCGGCCCGCCGCCCGCCUCCAUGCCACAACCAUUCCACUCGCACCCGGGCCUGCCGGUGAGCGUUGCGGGCGCCACCCACCCGGGUCUGCCGGGCCACCACCCGUACGGGCCGCCCGGCGCUCCGCCGCCGCACUUUUACGGCGGCGCGCCCGGCCAGCCGUACCCGGGCCUCCGGCCACCGGCGUCAAUGCCCGGCGGCCCGGCGCCCAGCCCCCAUCAGCCGUGGCGGACGGGGCCGCACCCCGUGUAUAGCAUGCGGCCACCGUACGGCGCCGGUCCGCCGCCCCAGUACGGGCCGCGGCCGGGCGAGCCGCCUCCCGGUCCGCCGGGUCCGCCCGGCCCUCCGCACGGGCCGCCUCAGCCGCAGCAGCCGCCGCCGCCGCCCCCGCCGACAUCGUCCGCCAGCCAACCGCCGCCGGAGGCUGACGGCAGCCGGGAGUUCGGCGGGCUGGUGUCCUACUUCACCAGUCAGGCGCAGAACGACUGAGCGCGCCCCAAUGACUCAUUCUCGCCGCCCAUAUUCACUCACACAUCAUGCAUUCACGCGCGCGCGGCGCCGCGCACCGCCGGGCCGGGCCGGCGAGUGGCGCCCACCAGCGCCGCCCUGCGCGCGGAGGGAACCUAGAGCUAUUUAUUUCCCUCUCCGUUUUGUGCUGGCGCGCCGCCGGCCUGCCCUCCAUUGCAGUCAUUCGGGGCCGGGGUGUCCCGUGUCCGCCAGCGGCGACGGCCGCCGAUCGCGCCAGUCGGCCGCAAGGGUAUCAGCUAUCAUGUCGAUUUACUUUUUAACAUUGCGAGCGUUAUUGUUUGGAGUCGGGUGUAGUUGAUGCAUCUCCGUGUUUUGUACGAUAUGGUAGUUGGAAAAUGAAGUGAAAUAUAUGCGCUUCGUAUCAUAAA